AUGUCUCUACUACCAUGGUUGCAACAAUCAUGGCAAGAGCUACAAAAUAUACCCUUCAAUCCACUCCUCUCAGCUAUUUUAAUCAUCUGUUCUCUUUACGUUUUCAAGCGUAUAAGAAGUGUCAAAUCCAAUUUACCUCCAUCCCCACCCAAGCUGCCAAUCAUCGGCAACCUACACCAGCUUGGCACGCUCCCACACCGUUCACUUCAAUCCCUUUCUAACAAGUAUGGCCCUCUAAUGUUCUUGUGCUUGGGCAAUGCUCCAACCCUUGUGGUAUCAUCUGCAAACAUGGCGAAAGAAAUGAUAAAGACAAAUGAUAUCAUUUUCUCAAACCGGCCCAAAAUCACAGCUGCAAAUAUCUUACUCUAUGGAUGCAAAGACAUAGCGUUUUCGCCCUAUAGUGAGUAUUGGAGACAAGCAAGGAAAAUUUGUGUCCUCGAACUUUUGAGCCUCAAAAGUGUGCAAUCGCUCCAAUAUGUAAGGGAAGAAGAAGUUGAAGCAUUGAACAACAAGAUACGUGACUCGUGUCUCAAAGGAGCUUCUGUUAAUCUAAGUGAGAUGUUGUUUGCAACUUCCAACAACAUAGUCUCUAGAUGUAUCGUUGGACAGAAGUUUGAAGACGAAAAUGGUAAGAGCAGGUUCGGAGAACUAUCAAGAAGAGUAAUGGUUCUAUUUGUAGUGUUCUGUUUUGGAGAUUUUUUCCCUACUUUUGGCUGGAUUGAUGUUCUUACGGGAAAUAUUCCGAGUAUGAAAGCAACUUUUAGGGAAUUGGAUGCUUUUUUUGAACAAGUGAUUGAAGAACAUAAGACGUCAGAGAAUAGUGAUAAUGACCAUCUUAAUAGUCUUGAUUUUGUGGAUAUUCUCCUCCGACUUCAAAAGAAUGACAAGCUCGAUUUUGAGCUCGCCAAAGACAGCCUCAAAGCAAUUCUAUUGGAUAUGUUUGUGGGAGGAACUGAUACAACUUCAACAGCUUUGGAAUGGUUAAUGGCGGAGCUCAUGAAAAAUCCAGGUAUCAUGAAGAGAGCACAAGAAGAAGUGAGAAGAGUGGUGGGCAAGAAGUCAAAGAUAGACGUGAAUGAUAUCAACAAACUGGAUUACUUGAAAUGUAUCCUCAAAGAAACUGUUCGACUACAUCCACCACUUCCUCUUUUGGUACCUCGGGAAACAAUAACAAGUGUGAAAAUUGGAGGUUAUGAUAUUCCACCAAAAACAAGAGUAUUUAUCAAUACAUGGGCAAUCCAAAGGGACCCUAAAGUAUGGGAGAGGCCAGAAGAGUUCCUCCCGGAGAGAUUUGAAGACAACCCGAUUGAUUUCAGAGGCCAAGACUUUGAAUUAAUCCCAUUUGGAGGUGGGAGAAGAGGAUGCCCGGGAAUGGCAUUUGGUGUUGCUUCAGUUGAAUAUGUGGUCGCCAACCUCCUAUGUUGGUUUGAUUGGAAGUUGCCGAGUGGUAAUGUGCAGGGGGAGGACUUGGACAUGACUGAAAUUAACGCUCUUGUUGCCUCUAAGAAAAUUCCUCUUCAUCUUGUACCAAUACUGUGCUCUCCUUGA